GCUCACUGCACUCCAACUUUUCACAUCGUUUUUGCGUACCUCUCAGGCGCCCUUUAAAUCAUUUUCAAAAUGUUCCGAUUCGUCGCACUUCUUGCUACCAUCGCCGUCGCCCAGGCUGCCUACACCCUAAACCCCGCCGGUCCAACCUACGGUGGUAUCCACGCCCCAGCCAUCACCAGCCAGCAGUCGAACAUCCUGCGUAGCUAUGGCAACCUUGGACAGAUCUCCACCUACUCGAAAACCAUUGAUACGCCGUACUCAUCCGUCAGCAAGUCCGAUGUGCGCGUGAGCAAUCCUGGAUUGGCCGUUGGUCACGUGGCUGCCGCCUACCCACAUGCGAUUGCCCCUGCCUAUGCUCAUCACGGUUAUGCUGCGCCAGCUCUUGCCCAUCCGGCCGUGUACGGUGCACCAGCCCUGAAGGCUGUCGCUGCUUCUCCGGCUCUGCUGGGUGUCGCCUACUCUGCUGCUCCUGCUGUUGCUCACAUGACGUACAGCAACGGACUCGGUAUCAACUACGCUUGGUAAAUCUGACAGUCGUCCUCCAACGGUACGCGGCCAAACGAACGGUCUCCAAACCAACCCAAUCCAACUCAAAGGAAAUGGACCACUUUGUUACUCAUUGCAUUUUUUCCUCCUUCAUGCACCAGAAGCAAGUGGAACAAAAACGUCUAAGUCAUCACAGUCAAACAUUAUUUAAAAGCCCUCACGUGACAGCAAUCAUGAACAUCUCUAUAGCACGAAGCUGUGACAGAAGUUUUAAUACGAACUAUACGUUAGAAGCGAGCAUUGUGAGCGAAUAAACGA